GUACACAAUGGUGCUUGUGUUCUAAUGAACAAGCAUUAGGAAGAGAACUUACUUAUUUGCCGUGUCGUCACCACAUUCUGGAGUUGAUUUUAAGAUCUGUAUUUGAAUCGUAUUGGCCUACAACAUCCGGUCCUAAUGUCCCAAUUUUUACCAAAUUCAAAGAAAAUUGGAAAAAUAUUGAUCAAAAAAAGUAUGAUACGGGAAUUUCAGACCAGGGAGUAUUUGGAGUCAUCGGUGAUGACAAAGAACAGAUGCUAAUUCUUCUUAGGAAUUAUUCAAAAAUAUCACAACCAAGAGGUGAUUACAAAGAGCUCUUGGAAUUGGGUUUUAUUUUUUUGGGAGCUGAACCGCCUAGCGGAAUAAUUUUCAAACAACCUGGAGCGGUACAUCACGCAAGAUGGAUGGCUAAAGCGAUUUACAGCUUGAAAAUAUUUGUAUUUAGAAAUCAAUUUAAACUCUCGAAUUCUGAAAUGAAAGGAGUGCGUCAGGUCUGCAUUUUCGUCGUUAAAUUUGAUUUAAAAAUAUGGUUUUCAGCAACAUCAGCGAUAACAGCACCAAACAAUGAUUUGACACUGAUUCAAGAUUUAAUUUCCUAUGAUAAAAUAAACCCGUUGAUUUCAAAAAAUGCAUCUACAAAAAUGGCUAAACACUUGUGGUACCUCUCAGAGGAAUUAUCUGUUCUGUCAUUAUUUGAUAUGAGUGUCUCGCCAGAAAUAAAGAAAAAAGUUGUUACAGCACUGAAAUCGAAUAAUGGCAUAAAUAUAAAUAAGAAGCGUUAUCAGAUAAAAGAACGGUUCGGUUUGUGUACUGACUUUCUUAAUGUAGAAAUAACUUUAUGGCCUACUCAUGAAAGGUUUCAAAAUAAUCUUCAAUUUUUCAAUUCAUUAAAAGUCGUAAAUGAUGUUGCUGAAAGAAACAUCGCGUUAAUUUCCCAAUAUAAUCAAAGUUUAACUAAAGAUGAGGAGCAGUUCCAAAGUUUAUUACAAACUGUGAAAAAACAUCGGCAGGAUUAUCCAGACUGUAGGAAAAAAACUUUAUUGUAGAUUUCAUGAUGAGAAGUUACUAAAAUUGUUUUAUCAUAUCUUAUAUUUUAUUGUUAUUUCUGUUUAAUCGAUUAAAAAGUCAAUCAAAGUGUCA